AUGGUCUGGGGGGCUCCAGGGAGGCUCAGGGGGCUCCCAGGAGGGGGGUGGUCUCCAGCCCUCCCGUUUCCCCAGGGUUUCCUGCCCAUGACGGUGCCGGACCUGCUGCGAGGAGCCGUUUUUGAGGGCUGUGGGGUCCAGCCCAGCGCUACCCCCUCCCCAGUUUACACCAUUGACCCUGCACGCUUCGAGGAUCUGUGCCUGGCUGGGACCUCGGAAGUGGGAAUUGCAGGCUAUUUCAUGGACCACGCUGUGCAGCUGCAGGACCUGCCUGUCAGGGUGGUGUGUUCCAGCACCUGCUACCGCGCCGAGACCGACACGGGCCAGGAGCCCUGGGGGCUCUACCGCGUCCACCAGUUCACCAAGGUGGAGAUGUUCGGGGUGACGGCGGCCGAGCGCGGGACGGAGAGCGAGGAGCUGCUGGAGGAGUUCCUGGCGCUCCAGAAGGAGAUUUUCUCGGAGCUGGGGCUCCAUUACCGCGUCCUGGACAUGCCCACAGAGGAGUUGGGGCUCCCCGCCUACCGCAAGUUUGACAUCGAGGCCUGGAUGCCUGGACGGGGCAAAUUCGGGGAGAUUUCCAGUGCUUCCAACUGCACGGAUUACCAGAGCCGGCGGCUGAACAUCAUGUACAGCGGGGAGGGGGGCCGGCUGAGCCACGCCCACACGGUGAACGGCACCGCCUGUGCCGUGUCCCGGAUGCUCAUCGCGCUCCUCGAGUGCAACCAGCUCCCGGACGGCCGUGUCCGGGUGCCCCCUGUGCUGCAGCCGCUGGUGGGGCAGGAGGUGCUGGCCCGGCCCCCUGCCCCCCUCCUGCGCUAC